AUGGCCGACUCAAGCACCGCGAGCUCCGGCUCUGGGGAAGGCCAUCACGGAGGCGUUCGUCUCGCAGAGCACUCCCCUCUGUUCGCUGCUACUCGUAAACCGUUUGAGUCGACUCCGUCCUCAACGGACAGCACUGUCCGCGACUCCAAGUCGCCGUCCGACGUCUUCGCCGCCGAUCUUUCUAACCAGGCCUCGCAGCUUUACACCGGAGACUACCAGCUGCCGCAGCCUCCCAAGUUCCAGCAGGCGAGCUUCACUUUCAGCAACAGACAGGGAGGUUCUCAGCACGUCGGGUCCUCAAACGUCCAGAAUCCCGGCAGUUUCUCUACGGGAAAGGCGUCUGUCCGUUCUGAGGGAACCGUCUUUGCUACUCCUGCCGGUCGUUCUGUCAUCGAGCCCACUGCCUCGGGCUAUCGAUCUGGUCCUCUUCCUUCAAUCACUCCCAACCGCGAGUUCAGACCCGUUACUCCCAACGUCAAGACUCCGGGCCACCGCACCCCCGGCUCGUUCAACAACGACGCUCGACGUAACCAGUCUGGCCCGGGUCUCACUACCAUCUCGGAAGAGCAGAACAAGAUCGCGCCUAAUACCGAGCGUGGCCAGACAAAGAAGAUUGUCGCAGAGAUGGCUGCCUAUUGCCAGAUUGACGGCCCCUUGGUUGGACCUCUUCGAGACAGCCGACGCUCCGAGCUUGCCCGGAACCAUCCUGCCUGGAUCCCCGCCCGCCAGGUUCAAGCUGGUAUCAUGACCACCCAGCAGGCGAUCCGCCGCACCCCUGGUAUCCCCAGCAAAAUUGCCAACGAUCUUUGCGAAGGCCUCCAGAAAUAUGCCCAGCAGGUCAACAACAUUCUACGCCAGGCGGUCAAUGAGGUCGCCGACAUCAAGAUCGACCUCGAGUACAAUGACAAGGUGCUCUGCUCCAGCAAGUUGGAGGCCAGCAUAAUCACCGAGGAGCGUGAGCAGCUGAAGCGCGAUAUCGCCGAGAUUCAUCGCAAGUACGAGGAUUUGGAGGAUCGCCUUGCUCGGUACCACGUCGAGCAAGAGAACCACAAAAACUCGGUGCUCGAGUUCCUGGCGCGCCUUGACCCUCACAACGGUAACGAUGAGGAGGCCCAAAACCAGACCAUAGCUGAGCUGCUCCAGACCCUCAAAGACUUCAUGAACCGCCCCAGCUCCCGCUGGAUGCAUGGUGAGCGUGACAACGACUCGUCCAACGCCAUCACUACUCUCAGCUCCGCGAACAUCGCUGCUCUUGAGAAGCAGAACCAGCCGGAGCAGAGUCAGCAGCAGACCCAGCACCCUCAGGAGGCUCGUCCUUCCCAGAUGUCCGAGUCUCGCGAGGUCAUGCCUUUGGCGAACAAUGCCCUGCAGCCGUUCAACUACCAGCAGAACGCGGAGCAGUACUCCGCUCCGGCCCAUUUGCCUGCCCAGAACGGCCCGCCCUCUUCGUACCCUGGCAUGUUCGGCAACGCUCGCCGGCCCGCUGACAACCGCACCAUGUCAUCUGCCGGCUGGACUCGCGCCUCCAGCGGUGCCCGUGGUCAUCACAUCAUGCCCCUCCUGGUUCCUACUCACGGUCCGGAGAUACCCGCAACGGGUUCGCCAGCGGAUACAAGCAGUCUAAUGGUUUUGAGGGACCUGGCGGCUUUGGUGGUCGGUUCGACAUGA